UCCAGUCAGACCGAGUCCCGCGGCCGCGACUGCCCUCUCCGCUCCCGGGAUGAUUUCCCGGGGCUCGUCUCUCACUGUCUGGAUAUCGUCCGGUGGAACUCAGCCUCUGAACCUGGGAAAUAAGUCUUUUUUUUGUGUGCGGGUGAACUUUAUCAGCUAACGAGGAACCGCUAGGUAAAGCGACGUGAGGCGAAGAUUAGCUAACUGGGCUAACGAGCGCACUCAAUGAGUGGAGGACGGAGUGUUCCUCUGCGGGGACUGUUUGCGUUUACCUCGAGAAACCUUUGCACCGGGUCUCCACGGACACCUUGUGUAGCCGCUUUACGGUUCUGCAACAUGGCUAUCAGUAAGCAGAGUGUGUACCGGGAGUUGAGAGCUGUGCUGGGGUCAGUUUGCCCACAGUGACUUCGAGCACAUUAAUACUAUGAGGUUUCCAGGCUGUCUCUCAGAGGAGGUUGUGUUAAGCUGAGCUCGUCGUCUUCAUCCAGCAAAGAAUGUCCGACUUGGAAAGCGCCAGUUCACGUUUCGGUUUGGAGGAUCCGCAGUGGCUGUGCAUGGUCACGCUGUUCCUAGCGUCCCUGGUCACUCUGGUGGUGUAUUUCGUACAGUAUUGCCAACAAAGGGCUGUAGGAAACCAGCGGUGGACAGACGAGGGCAACGCGGCGAAGGAGGAGGAAGCCGCCGCGCUGCUGAAAUGGGCGCUGUCGCUGAAGAGCUGGAGGAGUCAGUGGAGAGGAGCCUGGUGCCGGGCUCUGACCGAAGAGUCGAGGAAGCGUGGGGGUGCUGUUCUGUUGACAUUUGAAGAGGAUGAUCUUGAAGCAUCAGAGCUCACGGUCAGCCGUGUGUCUAGCUUCAAAAAGUCUUCCAGGAGCCAGGCCACUUGCUGUAGCGUGGUUGGGGAGAAGCUUCAGUUCUCUCUCAGUGCGACAUUGUCAGCCAUGGCUACAGCAGAUCCUCGUACAUACACAGUGUGUAUAGCUCCACUUGAGCUGCAGCUUGAUCUGCAGAUGCAGGAGGCUGAAGAUGAGAUUAAAGUGAGCUGGGGAGUGUCUCACCUGGACACAGGGGAGCUGCACGUCACACCCACUUUCACCCAGGACAAUGCCAACACUUCUAGUGUAGCAGCCAUAAAGGAGCAGCUCAGGCAGCUGUUAUCUGUGACGCGCCCCUCUGUGUUGCUGAGCUGCAGGCCUGCUCAGGCCUCAGAGAUCAAGGAAGCACAGAACAAAGUGGUUUCACCCCCCAAACCCCCCCGUGCCCACGACUGGAAGCUGCUGGUGAAAAACAUCCGUGUGACGCUCAAUCAGGAGGAAGAUGCUGCAGGCAGCAUGAAUCCUCUGUGUGUGCUGCAGUUAGAUGAUCCUCCACAGAAGUUUAACACGUCUGUUUUGAAGAACACGACCAAUCCUGCCUGGGACCAGCCAUUUAUCUUUGAGUUGAAUGGACGAUCAAAAGAGCUCAUUAUUCAGCUAAUGAAUGAUGGACAACCUCAAGAGAGUUCCUUACUAGGUCAGGUAUCAGUGCCUUUUGAUCUUGUAAAAAAACAGCCCAAAGGACAGCAAACAUUUGCACUCAUGACCAAAGACACGGUGACUGGAUCACUGACUACUGAGUUUACCUACCUGGAGCCCAGCGAGGUGAGGUCCUGGCACCCUCCGACCCCAGCCUCUAAUAAGAGGGUGGAGAUGGACCGAACGGUCAUGCCCUGUGGCACGGUGGUCACCACCAUCACCGCAGUGAAGAGCAAGCCGGGUCGACCACUCCCACUCAACAUAGAUCCUGCCCAGAAAGCUGUGAUGAAGAAGCCCAAGCUGUGUGAGCGGCGUGUUUCAGAGCAGGCGUCUAUGUUGGGGACGAUGGUCAGCAAGGCCCUGUCCUCGUCUGACACCGAGCUGCUGAUGCUCAAUGGCACGGACCCGGUGGCCGAGGCCGCCAUCAGACAACUCCACCAGUCUGCCAAGCAGAAGCUCAAGUCCCCGGUGAAGAAGAGUACCAUCAUCAUCUCUGGCAUCGCCAAAACGCCCAUGUCCCAGGAUGAUGAGCUAGCUCUGAUGGCGGGCUACGCUGCUGCGAUGGAUGCCUCGAUGUCAGAGAGCAGCUCCACUCAGGAUGUGACUGUGGCGAUUGCAUCGGGGACCAGUAGCCCUCCUGAGUUGUCAGAGCCUCAGGAGGGCCCCAGUGGAAUAGGCCGGCCCCCGGAGGACUGGGAGAGCCAGACAGGAGAGGAACUCGACCAUUCCUCACUAUCCAUGUGUGUGUCUGAGGCCAACUGCAAGAAGAGUAGAGGCAGUUUCCUACAGAAGAGUGCCAAGCUCUUUUUCCGGCGCCGUCACCAGCGGAAGGACCCGGGGAUGAGCCAGUCCCACAAUGACCUGGUCUACCUAGAGUCUCCGGCCGCAGUGGAGCGCGCCAGCCGAACAGCCACGCUCAGCCGCAUGCUCAGCCGCAGGAGUAAGAACAAGAGCAAAGCCAACGGCUUUACCUCCGUCGGGGAGCCACAUGCGUGACCCCCUCACUCUCCUCACCUCAGUCACUCCCACAACAACAACCAUCACCACCUCCAUCUAAAACUUGCAUUGGCAAACUUCCUGGCUAACCAACUCCCCCCUAAUGCCCAACCUGCAUACUGGGGCUCCUGCAUUGUGAAUGGGAAAGCUGUGUAUAUGGGAAAAUAUCCUCUUUUACUGCCAUAUCCUGCAUAAGUGCUUCCUACAAGAAGCAGAUGUUCCACCAAAAGCAAGUGUGCGCAUGUGUGGAUGACGGUAUCCUGCCCUGGACUGAUGGAUUUUCACAGGGUAUCAUUUUGCAUGUUUCUGUUAAUUUGAUUUUAUGCAAAACUUUGACAUCUUUUAAGUGCUUUUAUGGCCUUGGUAUGGACAGACGGGACUGGUGCGGGCCAUCGCUCUUUACCUCACUGAAGAUAGAGAGUCAGCUCUCCCUGCUGCAAACCGUAACGUUUCCUACGGUGGACCAACAGGACCAAAGACGAAGAGCAGAGUGGUGUUUGUAUGAUUUGCACCAUUUUAGAACCUUUUACUUAAAGUGCAAUGACAAGAGCUGCUCUCGUGUUAGAGACUCUUCUUUAGGCCUGAGUCAUGUUGAAAACAUUCACAAAGGGAGUUGAUCUUUACACUGCAUGACUAGUGCGAGUGGGAGAUAGUGAUAGAACUACUUAAUAACACUAAGACUAUGAAAAUCCUUAUUUUAUUCCAAAUCAAUCAUUAACAGCUGUGUGUCAUGCGCAUAUAAAAGAUUAAGUUAUAAUCAUAUAAGUUCUACAAAGCUAUCGAUAAAAACACAAGCCUAGUGUUUAACAAAGACGUCAAACUAGCCAUUUAAAGAUUAUUAUGUUUGGCUUAUGCAAAAGCCAUUUGAUCUUUCACCACCACCAUCUAAAGAAAAACUGCGCCGCUGUGGCUCAAGUGAAACUCUUGAUUUAUAUAUGAGAUUUUAUGUUUCCUCCCCUCUGCAGUGUUUUUAAAUGAUAUAUGCAACUUUUGUCUUUGUCUUCCCAAAUGAUUCCUCCUGUACUCUUACCUGCAGGAUUGUAAAAGGGAACAGAAUGAACCUUUAUCUCUGGACUGUAAUGCUACAUUUGGCCAUACUUGCCGCGUUACGCACUAAUGAACACAUUUUACGCUCUUCAAUCUGGCAUUCUUUCUUUCUUAUGUUUUUUCUUUUCAAUGUAGCUUUGAACACGUGAACAAGAGAAAGUGUGAACAUGUUUGGGAGCAACCAAAUUGAUUUGGCUGCUUUUUUUUUUUUUUUUUAAUCCAGCUAAUGAUUGUAUUUUUAUUUUCCGUUGAAGACUUUUCUGCACAUCCUGUACUACUGUUUCUUCAGUAAGGUAAUGUGCUCAGAAUCAGAAUCGACAGACUGCCUUACAGAUAUUCUGAGGAUGUUAAAGUGGACGUGAGGCUGGAUCCACCAUCAGAAAGCAGAGAGGGACGGGGGAGCGAGCUGUUGGGAUAGCGCGCCACAAGUUCCUGCACCAUCGGCAAUGUCAAUAAUCAAAAUGCCUAUGCACAUAUCUGUUAACUGAGUGUUGUCAUUAAGACUACUUGGGAAUUAAAAACACUCACUGUUCAUGACUGCGCUCUCCUGCGGACACAGUUGUUGUGUCUUUGUAUUUACAAGGCAGACAUCUCAUCGCCUGCUCUCCAUCAUCGACCAUAUUCUGUUCAUAGAAAAAUAUAAAAGCUAAGAUUCAGGCAGAAUAACAUCCUGUAAAAAUAAAACGGGUCAUUUUAAUCAUGCUUCAGAGCCGUUGCUUCAGGCUUCGUGCAAGCAGUGGGUGCAGUUCAGCUUUCAGUGAGCAGUAGGGCUGUCUGUGAUUAAUAAACUGCUUCCUGAUGGUU